GAAUCAAUUCAUUUUUUAUUUAAUUUUAUUAUUUCUUCGUACGGGGCUGUAUUUUACUGAUCCAUCCCGGUCUCAUCUAUCUGUCAUGGCCCAUCCCGGCUCGUCUGCUCCAAGAAGCACGCUACAGUACAAGCACGACCCGCCCGCGCACGUGGGCUGAUGAUCUUGGGGCAGUAGAUCCCAGCCACCAGGGGGGACAGCUUCUGCUAAAUUUACCAACGGCAAAGACAGAUUUGGGUCGGCUGUGGAUAUGGGCAUGACAGAGACAGGUGAGAUGCGGCAGCUGCUAGGGCUGGUGCUGGUGGUGCUGCUGGCGGGUGGUGGUCUUUUUGGUGACAAUGGGUGCGGAUUACUGUUGCAUGCUGAUGGAGUAUUUCUCCGUCUCCCGCAAGGCCACAAGCCACACCUGCUGUGUGGACCCUGGAACGGCUGGGCAGGGGCACAAAGUCUGAAUGGCCAUACCCCCGACAAGACCUCGCCUAGACCUGUCGAGGCUUGGUCUUCUGAUUGGAUGUGCUGCGACGGGCGUAGACAGGACCGCGCCAUCCAUCUCUCCGCCUCUCGCCCCAGGGAACAACCUGGCUUUGCCGCGCGGAAGUACCCAUUAAGAACAAAGACUCUCUCCACCAAUUCGCCCGUGCGCGCCAAAGACGGCCCGGCUCAGUGGGGCAUCCCGCUGGAGAGCUCCGCAGGCACCUACUCAUCGCCAUGA